AUGAUAGAAGACGCCAAGAUUUCGUUUCAUGAUGAUAACAGGAUCGAGGUGGUGUGGAACACCGUGACUUACGCCCAUGAGGCGGAGCUCACACCGGCGUACCUCGAAGAAUUGCUUCUGUCCGCAGGCUCCAUGGCUGACAAGUUUUUCGGAGCAAUCUCGAGACCAGGCACAUUCUCGCCUGUGACGCUUCGGACUGUCAUUGAUCAGUACACUGACGCAUGCCGCUCCCUCCCCCCGCCAUGUACGCCACAGCUGUUGACCACGUACGGCAGCGUGGGCGAGCAGAUUGCUGCCGUAGUGGGCGGCACGGUUGAGCUCACCCGCGAUCUCAGUACCGGUGCUCCGCAGUACGACAGGUACUGGAACGCGCUGAAACGCGCGACUGGGAGGGCUUCGUAG